CUUUUUUCCUACCAAUUGCCUUGAUAGCGGCCGGGAUUGGUAUGGGAACGGGCUACUGGUUCAAUAUUCAACACUACUAUGUUGGGCUGUUUCAACGGUGUGACAACUGGACACAAAUCUGCCAGUCUGUCUCGAAAUUUUAUGACGAGGACAACACAGAUAAAUUGAAGACCACUUGGACGUUAGGGGUACCGUUGCUCUUUGCCGGCGAGGCUAUUCUUUUGUUAUCCCUGUUGACCCUGGUUUGUUACCCAUGUCAUCGGAAAAUCAAUUUUAGCAAAAUAGCGUGUGCAGUAACGAUUGGAGUGAUCAUGUUAUUUGGAUUUUUAGCGUUCGCUGGUGGGUUUGGACUGUUUGCCCUGUACGCGGCGUCGAACCCGAACAACACCACGAUGAUGUGGUCUUUCUAUUGUGCAAUCGGUGGGGUUACGUUCGCUCUUAUAGCCACGAUCCUGUUCUGGGUACACAUGUUUUAUACGGGAUGCUUUGAUUAACUGGAAAUAUACUAAAAAGAGGCAUUGGAUGUUAGAAUUUAUAUUUACAACGUGUCAAAAGAGCUUAACACUACAUUAGUGAAGACAUAGCAUAAUUGCUGUUGUUAAAUUUAAAUAGCGUAUGUUACUGAGGAAAAAGUCUUUGAAACAAAGGGAAAAAAUUAUGAUUAUAUAUCUGUCAAUUCAAUGCAUGAUUUUCUUA